CGUGGCUGUGGGCGUGGCCUGCGCCGUGGCGCGCCGGGAAGGCGGAAGCGGCUGCCGGGCCCCGAGUGCCGGGCCCGGGGCUCCGGAGGGGCCAUGGCCGGGGCCGGCUGGGCCCCGCCGCGCCUCGACGAGUUCAUCCUCACCGAGCCCCUCGGCUCCGGCACCUACGCCACCGUCUACAAGGCCUACAGGAAGAGGGACACGCGUGAGGUGGUGGCCAUCAAGUGCGUCAACAAGAGGAGCCUGAACCGGGCAUCGGUGGAGAACCUGCUGACGGAGAUCGAGAUCCUCAAGACCAUCCGCCAUCCCAACAUUGUGGAGCUCAAGGACUUCCAGUGGGACAGUGACCACAUCUACCUGAUCAUGGAGUUCUGUGCCGGGGGGGACCUCUCCCGCUUCAUCCGGACGCGCCGGAUGCUCCCCGAGAAGGUGGCACGCGUCUUCCUGCAGCAGCUCGCCUGCGCCCUGAAGUUCCUCCACGACCGCAACAUCUCCCACCUGGACCUGAAGCCGCAGAACAUCCUCCUGAGCGCCCCAGAGAACCCCCAGCUAAAGCUGGCAGAUUUCGGCUUUGCUCAGUACAUGUCCCCGUGGGACGAGAAGCACGUGCUGCGCGGCUCCCCGCUCUACAUGGCCCCCGAGAUGGUGUGCCGGCAGCACUACGACGCCCGCGUGGACCUCUGGUCGGUGGGCGUCAUCCUUUACGAAGCGCUUUUCGGGAAGCCGCCCUUCGCUUCCCGCUCCUUCGCCGAGCUGGAGGAGAAGAUCCGCAGCGACCGGGCUGUGGAGCUUCCCAGCCGGCCCCAGCUGUCUCUGGAAUGCCGGGAUCUCUUGGGACAGCUGCUGGAGAGGGACCCUCGCAAGCGCAUCUCCUUCGAGUGCUUCUUUGCCCACCCCUUCGUGGACAUGGAGCACGUGCCCGGCCCCGAGAGCCUGGGCAAGGCGACCGACCUGGUGGUGGAGGCGGUGAGGAAGGAUCAGGAGGGAGACGCCGGUGCCGCCUUCUCCCUCUACCGCAAAGCCCUGGAGUAUUUCGUGCCAGCGCUGCACUAUGAGAGCGACGCGCGGCGCAAAGAAGCCAUCCGGGCCAAGGUGAGGCAGUACAUCUCCCGAGCAGAGGAGCUGAAGGUGUUGGUCUCCUCCAGCAACAAGAACCUCCUGGAGAAAGGAAACCCGGCCAGAGAGCUCCUCAAAGAGAUGGCCAAGGACAAACCUCGGCUCUGCGCGGCGCUGGAAGUGGCUUCAGCUGCCAUCGCCAAGGAGGAGGAGGGCAGGGAUGACAGUGACGCCCUGGAGCUGUACCAGCAGAGCCUGGGGGAGCUGCUGCUGCUCCUGGCCGCGGAGCCGGCGGGGCGGCGGCGGGAGCUGCUCCACGCCGAGAUCCAGACCCUGAUGGCCCGAGCCGAGUACCUGAAGGAUCAGAUCAAGAUGCGGGAGGCACAAUCCAUGGGCAAAGAGGCGCUGGCAGAGUCCGUCCGGAGCGGUGAGUCGCCCUUUGCCACGGGGACUGGGGAACAUUCCCCCAGCCCGAGGCUGAUCCCAACGCCACCCAGCCCCGUCUCCCCUGGCACGGGCUUGUCCCCUCGCCCGGGGGUGGCCGCGGCGGGGGCAGCCCGGUGAGUGGCUGCGUGCCCCGGCACAGCCUGUACCUUGCAGUGACUCCCGGGAGCUGUCCCGCGGGACGCUGCUCGCUGCCCUGCCAGGAGACAACGGCGCCAAGAGGAGCCUGAGGCUUCCGUCCCUCCCACCGGGGUGACACUUGGGGGGUCACCCUCGGGCUCCCAGCCCCGGGGGGGUCGGUGGGGCCAUCUGCCCCUCUUCCAGGCGCUGGCUCGUUUCCCUGCCAGCCCUGCCUCGACCGUCUGCUGCUGCAGCCUCCCCUGGCACAGCGGGCGGGUUAUUCCACUCUAAUUCCCUCCGCUGGCUCCACGGGAAGGGUAUUUUUAUCCAGGCACUGGGCUCUGGCAGGACAUCCCCCCUGCUUUCUCGACUGGGUGGUUCUUCCACCUCCCAAAUUCUGGGGGAGCCCACACGGCCCACAGAUCCGGCCGGGAGCUGAGGGUGGGCAGGGAUGCUCCUGUGCCUUCCUCGCCCAGCAUCUACCUCUGCAUCCACCGCUGCUCGUCCAGCCUCCAUCCAGCAGCCGCUGCACCGGCCCAGCCCGGCCAUUCCUCCCUGCCUCUCGCUGCUGGAGCACUGGAAAAGAGGCUUUUCCUUCCUAAACCUGGAGCCUGCCGGGUGCUGGCUGCACCAUCAGUGUCAUUACCGCGAGCAGUGCUCAGCGGGGACCGAGUGGGUCGGGCACGAGCAGCUGUCAGGCACCUUCAGGGAGGCACUCUCAGCAUCCUGCCUGCCCUGCUCCACUCCUCAGGGCCCUGGCACCCCC